AUGUACGUGGGCGGUUGUGUAGGCAUCACAAUCUUGCUGCUUUGCAUGGGCAUUGCCGGCUCGGUCCAUACGGAUGCCGCAAAUACGGCCGCGAUCGGCUUCUACACCAUGUUUAACUUCUUCUACAACGUUGGAGUCGGCUCAAUCGUCUACGCCAUUGCCGCCGAGGUCCCAACCUCGGCCCUGCGUAACAAGACCUUCGCCAUAGCCAUUGUCACCUCCAACGCCAUGAGCACCAUGUGGUCUUUUGUCUGCCCGUACAUGUUCAAUCCGGGCUACGGCAAUCUCAAAGCCCGCAUCGGCUUCGUCUUUGGCGCCCUGAUGCUCAUCUUUGCCGUCCUCGGAUGGCUCUGGGUGCCAGAGACCCGAAACCGGACCUACGAGGAGCUGGAUGAGUUGUUCAUGAACCAUGUUCCCACCCGCCAGUUCACAAAGUACGUGACCCUUGCCGAAGGGCGCGCCGCCGAGGCCUACAACGCCGAACACAAUAUCUUAGAAGACGACAAGGUGUGA